AUGCCUCAACUGCAAACAUUUAUCUUUUAUAUUAGUACAGAAAUUAAAGUUUGUAAUUUAUCUCAUCGUAAAUCGUAUGAUGAUAUCCAACAAACAUUUAAAAAUAUAAAAUAUGGACCAACUGGUUGCAUCAUAGAUCAUUCUGGCACUAUUCCAGGCCGAUGUCAUAUUUAUUCUCUUCCAUUUAUAUUUACUCGUUUGGAAAAGAUCUCACAUCAAUUUUCAACUAUUGUACUUAAUACUGUAACACAUUUAUAUGUCUGCGAUCGAAUUCCAAUGCAACAUGAAUUCUUCAUGCGAAUGAGUCAAUCUUUUCCUUUUCUUAAACAUUUCUCUAUAGGAAAUGAAAUGCUACAAUCGUCGAAACACGAUGAAUGGAAAUCAGAUGAAAAUCCAUUUUGUUCUAUUAUUGAAUAUUAA